AUCCUCCAAUUUAUUACUGACCAUCUUUGCCUUCAAUUCUCUCACCCAUUCCUUGCACCUUCGCAGAACCAGAUGUUCGAGUACAAGUAGAUCUAUGGCAUUGGUCCAUCUUGGAUUCUAUUGCUGAUUUUCUUAGCUAAAAUAGUUACUUGUGUACCAUCACCGUUCUUUCAUUUUUUGGCUCUUCAAGUAGGCCGUUUUUGUGUUUCAAGUUCCAAGCUUUGGAGGGAUUGAGAUUGCUGCUGUAUGUAACUGCGUGUCUGCCAUUGAAGAAGCAGAGAAUUGGAUUCUAUGAGUUUCACCCAGAACUUGGUAUCGAAAAAAGGUUGAUUCUUUGAGGAGCCCUAGGAGGAUUGAAAUAAAAUAAUGUGUGGGUUUGUUUUUGUUUGUUCAAUAAUGCCUGCAGAAAUUAAGAACAUAGAAAGUUAGAGAUUCACAAUCUCCUCUGCAACUGUGAAAUUAUGAGAUGAGGAGCACACGUGAAGGCUGCGCUGUACUUGUCUGUGAGUUUUAGAAGCAAAAGAGUUCGAGGAACAAUGAAUGUCUUCUCUCCAUUUGAUGAGAGAGUGAGAGAGAGAGUCUUCCAUUGAUGGAACUCUCUUUCUUCUCAAAUGCUCUGGUUUUUACUUCUGGGUUUAUGAAAUUCUGCAGUAACUCUUCAAGAUUUGGGGGUGAAAGUGAUUUGAACUAUUUUGACAUUCUUGAUUUGGAAACAAAUGUUAUAUGCUCUGUUUAUGGAAAUUUACAGCGAAACAAAUCAGCCAUGAUUUAAUAGAAUCGAGAGAUUUUCAUUCUUGUGUUCCGCAUUAGAGAUUUGCAAAGAUUGAGAGUCAAAUCUCUCUUUGAUGGAAUCCAUGGUUUCAAGGUACAGUCAUCUUCUCUUGUUCUUGUCUUUCGCUGUAGUUUCUCUUCAACCUUCUCUGGUUAGAUCAGGCGAUGCAGAGGUUCUAUUAAGCCUGAAAUCCUCGAUUGAUCCUUUCAAUUCACUGCAAUGGCGAAGAGGAACCGAUUUCUGCAACUGGGACGGCGUGAAGGAAUGCAUGAACGGAAGAGUCACAAAGCUUGUGUUGGAGUACUUGCAUUUGACGGGUACUCUCGACCCGAAAAUCCUGAACCGGUUAGACCAACUUAGGGUUUUGAGUUUCAAAUCGAACUCCAUCUCAGGCCCAGUACCAGACCUCUCCGGCCUAAUCAAUCUCAAAUCGCUCUUCCUCAGCAACAACAAUUUCUCCGGUGAUUUCCCGAAACCGAUUACGGGGCUCCACCGCCUGAAAGUCAUAGUCCUGGCCGCGAACAGUCUCACCGGUGACAUUCCGCCAUCGCUACUCAAGCUCAAUAGACUGUACGUUCUCUACUUGCAAGACAACAGAUUCACCGGCACAAUCCCUCCAUUGAACCAAACGAGCCUCGGAUUCUUCAACGUGUCGAACAACCAACUCUCCGGUCAGAUUCCGGUAACCCCUGCUUUGAUUCGGUUCAAUUCGUCGUCGUUUUCGGGGAACCUCGAGUUGUGCGGCGAACAGGUUCGAAACCAAUGUGCAAUCAGUCCUGCCUAUCCGACAGUUCGAAAAUCAAAAUCAAAUCGUUCAAAACUGAUCAAGAUCAUCGCAAGCAGCGUAGGAGGGUUCGUUUUGCUUCUCCUAAUCUUGGGAUUCUUAAUAUUCUUCAUCGGCUUCCGCGGCCGGCGAAAAGAGGGGUUACCGGUGGCGAGAAGUGAAGGAAUAAGGCCAAUUGGCGGCGGAGAAGGUACUACAGCAGAGACGGGGAAGGCAUAUGGCAUGGGAGGUAAUAAUGGAGGAAAAGAAGGGGGUUUUUCAUGGGAGGGUGAGGGUUUAGGGACUCUGGUGUUCCUGGGUGCAGGGGAUCAGCAAAUGAAUUACAGCUUAGAAGAUCUACUGAAGGCAUCAGCGGAGACACUGGGGAGGGGUACGAUGGGGAGCACCUACAAAGCAGUGAUGGAGUCUGGGUACAUCGUCACCGUUAAAAGGCUUAAGGACUCGAGAUAUCCAAGGAUGGAGGAGUUUCGACGACAGGUGGAGAUUCUUGGAAGGCUCAGACACCCUAAUUUGGUCCCACUUAGAGCAUAUUUCCAGGCUAAGGAGGAACGGCUGCUCGUAUACGAUUAUUUCCCCAACGGCAGCCUCUUUUCUCUCAUACACGGAACAAGAACUACAGGUGGGGGAAAGCCUCUUCACUGGACAUCAUGUCUUAAAAUAGCUGAGGACUUAGCAACCGGACUGCUCUACAUCCACCAGAAUCCUGGAUUAACCCAUGGAGAUUUGAAAUCUUCUAAUGUUCUUUUAGGGUCUGAUUUCGAGUCAUGCCUCACAGAUUAUGGUCUCUCCUCAUUCUGUGAUCCAGACUCGGUUGAAGAAGCCAGUGCCACUUCUCUCUUUUAUAGAGCUCCUGAAUGUCGUGACAUCCGAAAACCACCCACGCAGCCAGCCGAUGUCCACAGCUUUGGCGUUCUACUACUGGAGCUCCUAACGGGGAAAACUCCCUUCCAAGACCUUGUUCAAGAACAUGGUUCAGACAUUCCAAAGUGGGUUCGGUGUGUCCGUGAGGAAGAGACUGAUUCUGGGGAUGACCCUGCUUCAAGUAACGAUGCAUCACAGGAGAAACUUCAGGCUCUUUUAAACAUUGCAAUGGCAUGUGUCUCGCUAGCACCAGAUAACCGGCCUGUAAUGAGGGAGGUUCUGAAGAUGAUUCGGGAUGCAAGAGCAGAGGCUCAUGUUUCAUCCAAUAGCAGUGACCAUUCACCGGGAAGGUGGUCGGACACAGUUCUGAGCUUGCCUAGGGAAGAACAUUCAAGCAUAUGAGUGGUGGUUAAUUAACAAAUUUGGUGGCUUCUUCAGUUUAUAGGUCCUGAUUCUAUUGAAUUAAUUCUUACUUGUGCUCUUGAGAGUAGGCAGAAUAGGGUGUAAAGCUUUUGAUUUAUUUUUCCUCAAAUCUCCAAUUUGACAUUUGUGGGAUGAGCUCAAUUUGGUGGAAUUUUUUUUGGUUCUGUUUACAAGAGUUGAAGAGAGUCAACAUUUGUUUCAUUUUGCUC